UCGGCCACCUCGGAGCUUGGCGCGUCAUCUUGCUGCCAGAUUUUCUCCUUCUAUUUAGGCUUCCCUAGGCCUACCCACGGCCUACCCGUGACCCCCCACACCCUGCACAGGUGAGGGCGCCCCCGCUGCUCACGCCCACGCCCCGAAGAACCCCAAGCCUACAGCAGCCAGCCUACCACAGCCUACCACAGCCCACCACACCCCACCACACCCCACCACCCUCCCAUUGCAGUUGUGGCGUGUAGUCGUGGCAUCGUUGGCACAAACACCAUGAGCUGGGAACACCAAGAGCAGGGGGCGGCCAGUGUGACGAGGCGCUGCGAGGAGAACCACCUGGAGGCCGGAAGUUCCAUGCACGAGGCCGAUGGGAAGUAUGAAUGCUCGCAAUGCACCAAGACCUUUAAAUCAAAUUGCAAGCUGAAACGCCACGCCCUCACCCACACUGCCCCGAGGAAUUAUGAGUGUCAACAGUGUGGGAAGAGAUUUACAGACAAGUUUAGCCUGACGCGCCACACCCUGACACACAGUGGCGUCAAGAAUUAUGAGUGUCAACAGUGCGGAAAGAAAUUCACGCAGAAGCCACACCUGCUCAAGCACCGCCUCACGCACUCUGGCGGUGGAAAUUUUGAGUGCCAGCAGUGCGGGAAGAGGUUCACCGACAAGUACACCCUUAAGCGGCACUUCCUGACCCACAGCGGCGUCAGGAACCACGAGUGCGAGGAGUGCGGCAAGCGCUUCACUCAGAAAUCUCACUUAACCAAACACAUUUUGACGCACAUUGGCGUUAAAAAUUACGUCUGCCAGCAGUGUGGGAAGGACUCGGCCCCUUCCUUGAGCUCCCCGGACGCGCCCCACCCCCCCCACACGCCCCACUGACAUACGAGGGUCCUAGAGGCUCUGAUGGGCGAGGGGCGCGAGGAAGAAGCCGCAGGAGGGGUUGGCGAAGUUAGUGACCCUCUGCCAGUUCUCGAUUCAAUCUGCGCCUCAUUAGACACUCUCGAAUAGAUUGUUGGCCGUGUACGAGUAUGGGGCAAGAAGGUGCUCUGCUACCUUGGCUGGGUGACAGGUGGUAUCUCUUGGCUCCUGUUUGGCUUGCGUUUGGUGCGUUUGGGUUACGUUUGGUGAUUUUUCUCUCUCUCUAUCUCAGUCUCUCUCCCUCUCUCUAUUUUUUUUUGUUUUUGAGGUUUGAGAUGGGAAGGUAGUCUUGGUCUCUCUCACUCUCACUCUCUCUCUCUCUCUCUCUCGCUCUCUCUCUCUCUCGUUUUUUUGGUUAGUUACGGAAGUGGUGAUUGUUUUAGAUUGUCAAGUUAGGAAGGACAAACAACACAAAAUGUAAACAAACAGAGAGAGAGAGAGAGAGAGAGAGAUAAGGAAAUAGAGAGAAAAACAGAGAGAGAGAGAGAGAUAAGGAAACAAAGAGAGACAAAAACAGAGAGAGAAAGAAAGAGAGAAACAAAACAAGUCCAAACAAAC